AGGAAAUGUAAUAUAUGGAUUUCAAACAAAAAACUAUCUAUACUUAACACAACAAUUGAAGAAAUCAGGAAGGAAGUUGUUAAUAACCAGCGGCUGCUGUAAAAUGCGGAAAUACGGAAGUCCGUAUACUCUCACCUAGGCCAUCGACGGAGCCAUUUUGAAGUUUGCAUCACGUACAAAGAGUGGCAGAAGCUAAAAGGACGCAUACAUUGAGUAUCUUUGUGGUGAGAAACGUAAGACUUGUGUUGCAGUGAUAAACCAGUGUGCGUGACAAGUGCAUUGUCUAUGAGAACCUUUUGGGAAAAAUGAUGAGAAGUCCAUAGAAGACACAAUUUUGAACAACUGAUCGAAGUAUUUGAACUAUUAGAGAUAAACUCAACACAGUGAAUUUGGUCAGUAUCAAAAGUUCAACAAGGACGAUAAACAUUAGAAAAGGAGCAAACAUCAUAGACUGCUAAGAGUUCUUCUAUGCAUUUGGCUGUAGGAUUAACAAGAAAUCCAGAAAAAGGAUAAUAACUUUUCUUGAGGAGAAUGGGAUAUUUGUUGAGCAGCGCAUUGGUUGUGGUUUACCUUCUUGCUGGAGUGGCGCAUGCCGGGAUCUUGGACACCCUUAACUGGGCCAGGUCUGAUAAAAUCGAUGUGAACCUGCCCUGGUUGCCAUAUGAGAAUGAAACGCGGUGCUACGACGAGUUGGGCUGUCUCAACAUCACAAGGUCCUGGUAUCACCUGAUACAUAGGCCAUUCAAUGUUUUUCCAUUGCCCAGAUCUGUGAUAAAUACUAGAUUCAUAUUGUACACUAGACUUAAUCCAACUGAGGGCCAGUUUAUUAAAGCGAAUAAUCAAUCAAUAGAAAAAUCCAACCUGGACAUUAAGAAGAAAAUCAAAUUCAUCAUACAUGGAUUUAUUGAUACACCACUUUCAAAUUGGGUGGGUGAUAUGAAAGAUGAACUGUUGAAAAACCAAGACAUGAACGUGAUAGUGGUGGACUGGGCAGGAGGCAGUCUACCUUUGUACACCCAAGCUACUGCAAAUACAAGACUAGUAGGGCUCGAAGUAGCUUAUUUGAUCAACUACCUUAACAAAAAUUACGAAGUGAACGCUAAAGACAUUCACAUCAUUGGACAUUCUCUAGGAGCACACACAGCUGGUUAUGCGGGAGCUUCGGUUCCAGGGCUGGGUAGAAUAACAGGGCUUGAUCCUGCUGAGCCUUACUUCCAGGGAAUGCCUGCGCAUGUAAGACUAGACCAUACCGAUGCAGAUUUGGUUGAUGUCAUACACACUGAUGGAAAAGGCAUAUUUUUCCUAGGUUACGGAAUGUCUCAGUCUUGUGGACACCUGGACUUCUACCCAAACGCCGGUAAAGAGCAACCGGGUUGUGACAUCACACAAACCCCACUUGUACCGCUUACUCUGAUAAGGGAUGGACUUGAAGAGGCCUCAAGGGUUUUGGUGGCAUGCAACCAUGUAAGAGCUAUAAAAUUGUUCAUUGAUAGUAUCAACAGUAAAUGUCCGUAUAUAGCACAUGCUUGUCCAAGUUACACCCAAUUCAAAGAGGGUAGAUGUUUCACCUGCAAAUCGCCUACGUCUUGUGCUAUAAUGGGUUUGCAUGCUGAUUCCACCCCAGGACUAAUAGAAUCUAAUGACAUACAGCCACUAUCCAAAAAAGAAGAAAUGAUAGGCAACAGAUAUUUCCUGUCUACAGGAAAGGAUUAUCCAUAUUGCCAUCGGACCUACCGUAUAACCAUCGAGUUAGCAAGGCCCAAUCAUGCCGAGAGCUGGGUUCAAGGACACCUGAAGGCCGCGGUGCACAGUCAGAACGCUGUGAUUUAUGUUGAUCUAACGCCAUCUGGUGACGCAAAAUUGGAACAUGGUGCCAGGUAUACAGCGAUAGCUACCCAUCCAGUUGAUCUUGCAGGAAAUGUAAAGAAAGUCGAAUUAAAUUGGGAAUAUGAUAUGAAUGUCCUAGAACCAAGAACGUUAUGUCUAUUUUGGUGCAAUGAUCAUUUGUACGUUAGAAAUGUCGUUGUCGAGGAAAUGGAAAUGCCAGGACGGGGGAAAAGAGAUGCCCAGUUUAGUACAAAACUUUGUUCCAAAGGCAAAAAGGACUAUGCUGACAUACCCAACAGAGGCAAGGGGAUUUUCACCGAUGGGUGCAUCGUUUCAGAAAAGAGAAGUUGAUGAUAUUAGUCUCCUAUGAGGUUUUAAUUAAAAAUUCCGACUGAGAAAUGUGUCAUAGACUAAGUCAACUAAUGUUUUUAGCCCUGUCACGCACCCUUAUCACGUAGAAAUCUGCAAUUCAAUUGGAUGUCAACCAUUGCUGUCAAAUUCCAGAUUCCUUUAAUGUAUCAGUACUAUGAGUAAUUGCAAAUUGAUCACCUACAAGGUACGGUGGUGGCGUAUCAGGAACUGACAUAGAAGGAAGUGAGGACAGUGGUUGAGUUGUAACAAUUCUUGACAUGUAGUACUUUCAACUGAGUAGCAAAUUUUACGUGAUAAGGGCGCCGGGUAUUUUAAAAAUAUCGAUGUUAUCGAUUUUAAAAAAGGUAGUAGUUUCGUAUUGUAAGUUUUUUUUAUUUGUGAUUUAGUUGUAUUUAUUUUAUUAUACAGAGUACAAAUAUCUUUUUAUUGCUUAAGAUUAAUUUUAAGGAUAUAUUGAAGGUGAUAGGGUUGUACCAUUAUCGAUUUUAUAUUCAUCGUACUGUGUACCCAUAAGUAUUUUAUUCUGAGCUGUAAUGGUGCAACAGUCUCAAUAAUUCGGAAGCUGAAAAUAAUUUUAUUAUUUCCCAUGGAAAAUAUACCAUUCAUCACGCAUCAUGUAGAGUUAAUACAGGAUUUAACCAGGAUUGUCAAAUCAACAAGCUGUUAUUUUCUACCUAUAGGGUAACAGUGUCAAAUAUAGUGAAUGAGCUUUAAGAUCCAUUCUGUAAAUUUUGGCAGCCAAUAUCUGUGAAAUAUUGAACACAAAAUAUUGCCUCAGUAUGAGAUGACAGGUCGUCAUUGAAACAUCACCAGCUUAUUGAAUAUUAAGAAAUUACAUAUAAUUCAGACAAAAUUUAAAAGCUUCAAAUGCAAUGAAAUAUUGACGAAUAUGAAUGGUUAUGCAUAUAAUUUAGAGUAUAAAUUCAUUUAGAAAGUUUCAGAUUUUCUACGCAUGGACCUGAACCAGAUUUUUGGGUAUUUUUACCGAAAUGAGAGUAGUUACCGAAAACGUCAUUUUCGAUGAUUUUUUAAUAUGAAUCAAAUAUUUACAUACUUGUUGAAAGAGCUGGAACUAAAAAUAAAGAUAAAAGUGAAUUGUAUAUAGUCUUCGUAGCUUUAUGCUCCAUAUCAAUCAUACUUAUGCACACACUCAGGCAGUCGGGCACACGAGGGGUGUAGAUUUGGGUUGCCUUUGAUUUAGAACGCACAUCCUCAUUCCUUACUCUGCUUGCCGUGAAUUGAUUUUUGUGCGUACAAAAGAUAUAGACUGGUAAAUUACCGUCAUUACCGGAUUACCGGACAAGCAAUAAGGAAACCGAAACCUGUCAACAUAUUUUCAAAAUAAAUAUUUAAUUGAAAUUUGAGGUGAGUUCAGUGAUAAAUAAGAAAAACAUUCACAAUCCUAUAAGCAGGAAUCGAAAAGGUGUUUCCAGGAUGGUUGCAAAAGAUUUUAAAAGACCGACCAGUAUGCUCAUUAUACAAUAUAGAACUGUGCCCCCAAAGAACAUAUGUGCGCGCUCACAAUACAAUAAUAAACUCUUUUCAUAGACGGUGCUGUGUAACUUAAAAGCCCUUGAUCCACUACUAAUCUUGGGACGGCAUUUUCCGCCCUACCGAAUUCAAUGACACUAUUUACCGUUUUUUUGGGUUCGGCAACACUGCAGAACAUUUCGAAAGCAAUUAAGAUUCCACGUGUGUUCCAGAUUAAAUAAAAAUGAAAUAUAACAAAAAGUUCUGCAAACAUUUUCGUAAAUAGCUAUAUUUGAUUCUGACAUAAUAUCUGGAUGAUGAAUAUGUGAAUGCGGAUACAUUUACAAAUAUCGAUCUUUUAGGAUCCAGGAAUGCAGGAUGUGUUUUUUUUACAUCUCGUGUUGAUUUAUGGAUCAUAAAUUGGUAAUAAAUUGUUUUUGAUGUAACAAAAGAUGAUGAACCAGUUGAAAUAUGUUUUAUAUGCUUUUUUGCAAAACAAAAAAAAUCGGUACAUUUCUACAGGCACGUAUUAUGUACAACACCCUGUAUGUGAUACAGAAACAAAACUAGAUUGCCUUGCAUGAACAGCCGUCAAAAAAUAUUGAAAACAUCCUAUUAAAUAUAAUAGCUAGAAAAUCGACCUAUUAUUAUGUUUUGCAUUUUCAUUGGUUCCUUCAAAUAAGUACCUAUCUCUUGUUAAAUGAUAGAAAUUGGCAAUUCUCUGAAAGUUAUCCUAAUUUUAAAGCUCAAAGACAAGGUAUUACAUCCAGAAUGUACCCCUAUUUAUAGAAAAACCACUUUUAUACGAUUUAAUUCAAUGUUUCAAUUCAAAUGGCAUUUCGACAAGCUGCUCCCUUAUUGGUGGAAGUCUCCGUCAAAUUUAAAUGUUUGAGAAAUCGACUCCUAGUAUUUAUACACAAAAAUAGUGGUCCUGCAACUAUUGGUUUUUUUAGAAAACCGGUCAACCUAUAUUGGGAAUUUAUAACAUGAUUUUCAACACAUCGCAUAUUUCAAAGCACUGAAUUCUUUUCUGAGAUUCGAGAAAUUUAUUAUCAAGUCUCCACGACUGAAAAAUCACUAUUUGUUAAGGCGCUUUUACUAAGUACAUAUCUAAAAUAAAAC